AUUUUGUUUUUCUUCACCUCGCGAGUGUCGUUUUCACAACAUUAGGCGUUGGGACCUUAGGUUGGGACGACUGAUUGCACAAUACAAAGUAUUGCAAAAUUUGCAUUUGAUGUAAAUACAUUUACAAUUAAUUUAACAGGUUAGUAUUCCCUGGAAAAUAUUUCAUCAUGGCAAACAAGAAAGUCGAUUUUGAUUCGCUUGUGCCCAUUGAACCCGAUUCCGCACCGAAUAAGGGAAUCGUUCUCUUCGGAAAGGAUUUGAGUCAAAUUCCGUGCUUUAGAAACAGUUUCCUGUACGGGAUCAGCAUCGGCAUUGGCGUUGGGUUUCUGGCUUUUAUGAAAACUUCUCGGCCGCAGCUGUCGUCCCACAUAGGAUUUGGGACAUUCUGCGGAACAGUGUUCUGCUAUUGGUUCCCCUGUCGGUAUAAGUGGUCAAAGGAUGAGAAAGAAGCCGAGGUGCUAAAACGACUGAUGCAGCAGCAAGUUAUGUACGAAGGAACCGAGAAAGAGCGGGAACUUGACCGCAAAGCAGAGUCCGCCUGAUUGUUGUAUAAACAUAACUAACUUGUUGUAAAUAAAUCUAACACGUUUUAGAACUGGAA